AUGAAAAAAUUCUGUGGAUAUUUGUUCAAAGUUGAAAAUAUAAAAAAAAAUUCAAAGACAAAGGCAUUUUGUUUGGUUAGUAUAGGAUUGAUUUAAAUUUAUUGUGGUGUUUUAACUUUGUAAAAUUUGAGAUUAUUUUAAGAGAAAUGGAGUACAGACAAAUAGACAAUAAGAAUAAAAGAUAAGGUACAAUAGAUGAAUAUUUAUAAAUACUAACUUAUUUUGAUGUGGAGAAAUUGUGCCAAUAAAAUACAAUAUUAUUAACAACAAUAUUAAUAAUAGGAUUUAGUUUUCCUUUUGUGUAUUUUAUUUUAGGAAUAAUGAGCAACAAGAAAGGGAGAAUUGAGUAAAACAAAUCAAAUUUAUUGAAAGUAAGAAUUAUAUUUAGCCUUUAGUUAUUUAUAAAGUUUAUCGAUAUAUAUUACUGGUGCUUAUUCUAGCCUUUUAUUUAAGUUGAACUUGAAGUUUUGUUGUUAAAUAAUUAAAUUUUGGAUUGGAAUAAAAUGUUAUCUGAAGACUACACUAAUGUUGCUUUGUUAUAUGCUAUAUCAUUAGUUGGGUUAUUUUUAAAUACAAUAAUGAUGACUUCGAUUUUGCUUUUGUUCUAUAAAAAUAUUAAUUAUAAGAUUGAUUUAUUAAGUUGCAGAAAUAAGUAAAUAAUGUUGAAUAUUUGUAUAUAUAAAAUUGUGAUGGCAAUAUUUAAUAGCAUUUAAAUUUAAUCAACAUCUCUUUACGUAUUAUAAUAACAAUAUAUAGGUAUCAUAUUUGAUUAUUUUUAUAUUAUUGGCUUUGAAAUAAUUGGUAAACUAAUUUUUAGGUAAUGAUUGUCCAUCAUUUUACUAUUUUAGAUUAAAUUAAUUUUAUGAACAUCUUAUGUUCAGUUUAUUAGGAUUUUUGUUAACCUUUCUAAUAAAAUUGUUAGUGAUAUAUUUAAAUAAUGAAGUUGACGAUUUAUUAUACAUCAUCAUAAUAUGUGUGUUUAUGAAUAUUUUAGGACAAAUAUUUCAAAAUAAGGUAGUUUUUUAUUAUUUGAUGUAACAAAAGCUUUCUGAAUAUUUAAUAUUAAAUAAAAUUUAUUAUUUAUAAUAACUUAAUACGUUAUCUAUAAAUAAGAAAUAUAUAAUAAUUGGAUUGAUUGAGAAACAUCUUUAAGAAGGUUGUAUUUUUAAACUACAAAGAAAAUAACAAAAAAUAGAUUAUAUGAAAGGUCAAUAUAUAGAUAAUACUUCAAUAGGAUAUUGUUUUUGUCAAUAAAAUUAAUUUUAUGAUGUUAGAAGAAGAGUCUUUGUGAAUAGUUAAAAGUCAAGAGUUUAAUAACACUAUAAAUCAUUCUUCAGAUUUGAAAUUAAAUCUUUGUAUGAGUAAUGCAUUCUUUAAAAUAAAGAUAAUCAUCAAAUAAGAUUAUCAUAUGCUAGACAUCUAUUUUUCUCAAUUUUAAAUAAAUCUUAAGCAAUUUUAUAGAUGUCAAUAUUGAAAUAAAAAUUUAAUAAAUUAUCAUUUUUUGAGAAGAUUGACUUUCAUUUAUUACUGAUGAUGAUGAAUAAUAAAAUAAAUAUACAAAAUUCGUGUAGUUAUAGAAAUUAUUUAGACUUUGAACAUGUGAUAGAAAUAGAAACAAUAAUAAAAAAAAUAAAAACAAAAAUUGUUGAUUUAAUUUAAAAUUAUAUCAAAUAUUGGAAUAUAAUAAAUUUAGAAAGGAUUAUUGAAUCUGAUUUAUUAAAACUAGAUAAUAAAAUACGAAUUGGAAUAUUUGAGUGUGAAAAAUUAUGGUAAAAAAUUAAUAAAACAAAUAAAAACCUUGAAGUAUCACAAAAUGAUGUAAAAUACUUAAAUAAAAAACCAUAAUGGGAAUUUUUGAAUUUAUGGUACAGAAGAUAUAUAUUAAAUUAAAAAAUGAAAGGUUAAAUAAUCGAUUAUCAUCAGAUCAGCACUUAACAAUAGAAUUUCUGUGAUGAAGAUUCAGAUUCUGAUUAUGAAAAUCAUUUUUUACAAGCUUUUGAUCCUAAAAAGGUUUUUCAUUCAAUGACAUCUAUAAUCUUUGCAAAAGAAAAUGGAAAUAUAGUCAAAUUUAAUGAAUACACAAAAUAAAUCUUUGGAAUUCAAAGGUUAACUAAUAUUAAUUAAAUUAUACCAAAUUCAAUGAUUCGAAAUCAUAUGUUGAGAGUUAAAGAAUUUGUUGAAAAAGGAAAGAUAAGUUCAUUAUAUUCAAGAAAGAAAAUAUUUAUCUAACAUAGCAAUUCAUAUCUAAUUCCUGCUAAUAAAUAUUUUAAAAUUUGCAUAAAUUAAUUUAUGCUAAUAGAAUUUAUAGUAAUGAUAAGACCAAUUUAACAUGAAUCAUCUGGCAAUUAUUUAAUUAUUAAUGAAGAUUGGGAAAUAGUAUAAGCAACUAAAUAAAUAAAGAAUAUGUUUGAAUAAUAGUUUAAUCUAUUAUUGAGUUGUCCUAAAUUAUUAUUAUAUUCUUAAUAUCAAAAUCUAUUAGAAAAAGAAGAUUAUUCCUUAUUCCAAAUAUAAGGACAUAAAAAUUAGAAUUUUUCAAAAUAACAAACAAUUCAAAGUGAUUUAUAAAGUAUUAAUUUUGAUAUCAUUAGGAUAAAAGAGCAUGUUAAAUGAUAAUGUAUUUGAUGAUAUUGAUUAAUAGAAGUAAUUUACUGAACAGUUUAUUAAAGAACAUGAAGAUGAUUUAGAUGAAAGAUAGAGAAUACUUAAUUCUAAUUUUUAAAAUUAAAAUGAACAAUAUUUUUAAAUUUUGAUUAGAAUUCCAAUGCUUUAUUAGAGAAUGUAGGCUGAAUAUUUUAAUUUGAUAAUUAAUGCUGAUAAGGAAAAUUUUCAUGAUUAUCCAGAAGAUUCGAUUAUGAAAAAGCAAAGUAUUAUUAUGAGAAACGGUAAAAAGAAAAUUUCUUUAAAUUUCAAAAUUUUAAUCGAAAAAAUAAACUUUCUAAAAAAAGUCCGUUUAUUAUCUUAAUUAGAAGUGUAUAGUAAGUAUUUUUUAUUAUCAAGGAUAUCUCUAUAGAAAAUACUUUAGUAAGGCAGAUAAUCUAAAAAAAGUAAUUAGAAUGGAUGCAAAAAUAAAACUAGAAAAAAAUUAAUUAAUAGAUAAAAUAUAGAUAAUCAAGAUUAAUAGAUUUGAAACAUUUAAUAAUAUAAAAUCUAAAAAAUAAUCAAUGUUACUUAAAGGUGAUGUAAAUAGAAAAACAUUGAGAAUCAAAAUGGAACCUAAAUAAAAAUAAUUCUAAAAUUAAAAUUCCAUAUAAUAUAAUAAUCUCUCAGUUAUUAAAGAUAUUAAGAUUUAUCCAAAUGAAAAUUUAACAACAAAUCCUAGCAAACAUUUAAUAAAUGAAAGUCAUAUGAAAAAUGAUUUUAGUGAAUCUCUAAUUUAAGAUAUUUCAAUAAAAGUUGAUUAAAAUUUAUUUUUAAAAGAAGAUCAUAACAAAAUCAAAAAGCAUUUGAAUAUAAUAGAUUACUUUAAAUGGACUAAUAGAUAUUUUAUGAUUGGUAUGAUAUUAAUUACUAUGUUAUCGUUUUCGUAUGGGCCAAAUGUUUGUUAUAAUGAUAUUUAUUUUUUGGGAGUAAAUUUUAUAAUAAAAUAUUAGGCUAAUUCAAGUUAUACUGCAGUACUUAUUGCUUAAGAUAUUUCUACUCUUUAUAAUCAAAUAAUAGAUAUUGCGCUUUGUAAUUAAAAUGCUACUUUAUGUUCUAAUAUUAUAACAUAUACAAACCUUUUUUAGAAAUAUGAAUUUCUAAAUUAAAGUAUUUAAUUAGAUCUUUAGUAAAUUAAUACCAGCCUAAAUCAAUUUUAUACUAGCAAGUAUAACAUAAAAACACUAUAUACUACUUCUGUCUAAUUACAUGAUCAAUAAAUAUAUUAAUAAAAUUUAUUAGAAGAUUUAAAAAACUUUUAAGUUUUAUUAUAAUAGAUUCUUAUAUCAGAUUUAAAAGAAAUUACUUUUGAAUUUGAAUAUUAUCAGAUUCUACAAUCAAAUUUAAUGCCAGGAUUAUUUCAAAGUUUAAGUUCAAUUCAAAUUGAUUUACUAAAUUAAAUUUACUUAGAAUUUGAUUUUAGAUCAUUAUUUUUCUUGGUUGAUAUGAUAAGUGGUUUUAUUUUUUUAGGAACCUUGAUGGUUAUUAAUUUUUUUAAUGUGUUUAAAAUAAUAGAUUAUUAUUAAACUUUAUGUAGUUAAAUUUAAUACUUUGAUUAAUAGACAAUUGAUAGUGUAAUUAAAUAUUAUUAAAAACUUAAAUAAUGUUUUAAUUAUUUUAAUGAUAUUUAAAUAUAUCAAUCAAAUAGUAAAAUUAAUAAUUUUAAUUAUAGAUUAUUAUAUUUCAUUUUAAUCAGAAGGAUUAAUUAAAGCAGAAAUAGAUUAUAAGAUGACUAUGGCUUUAAAAUCAACUAAAUUUAUUGUUUCAGAUUAUUGGUUUAAAUUAAAGUUAAGAUUAAUUCUUUUAUAUUUUAUAUUCAUGUUUCUUUUAAUAGUGAUGGCAUUAACUUACAAUAUAUAUAUGCAAAAGUAUGCAUAUGAUUUAAAAAAUGAGAUAUCUUAGAAUCCUUUUCUUUUUGAAACUAAAAGUCCAUGGACUUUUUCUUUUUCAAAAGAACUUUAUAUUGAAUCCUGUUAUAAUAUUCAUAAUAUAAUAACAAAUGAAUACAAAGAAUAUUUAAAAUAAUUUGUUGUAGAAGCUUUGGAUACAGACUCUAGCCCACUUGAAUCACAAGAAUCAUUAAUUGAUGAUUAUUUUUAUUCAGACAUAUGCAAAUUACUUUAAUCUAAUUUAAGUCAUUGUUAGAAUAUUGCUGAUGGAAUAUUAAAACGAGGAUUGAAAUAAACUUUUUAUUUAAUGGGACAUCUAUUUGAAAGUUAACUUGACAAAAAUAAAACAAAGUUUUCUGAAAUAUCAUUUGAUUCAAUUUAUGAAUUAAACAUAGUAUUUAAUAAUAAUAUUAAUUAGUUAUAACCAUACAUAUUUUCUUGUAGAAAAGAAAUGUGGAGAAUUUGGAUAAAAAAUUUCUUCAGCAUUUUUUCUUAUUAUAUGAAUACAGAAACUUUAUUAAUGUAAAUAAAUUACCAUUAUAUAGAAUUUGUUUUUAUGUUUUUUCAUUUUUGAUAUACAUAGCUACUUUAGAACUGUACUUUGAAUAAUAAUUAAGAUUUGAUUAUUAAAAAGCUAGAAGCUAUUACAAAAGAUAUUUCCCAAAUAGUAUAUUGAAUGAAUAAAAGAGAAUAAAAGCUAUUUUGAAAAAAUUAUCUCUAAUUGGUUGA